UACCCUGGGCCCUUUCUCCUGUGGAAGGAAGGUGCUGCUCACUCACCAAACCCAUGAAUGCACACAGUCCCCUGGCCUCCUGGUGGUGUCUGCAGAGCCUAGAAGCAGUGUCAGCAGAAGCGGAUGGAGACUCGAGCUCUUGAAUCAGGGACUCGGGAUUCCUAUGGUGUCACCAGCCACCUGCCCAACAAUGGAGCCCUGGCCAAGCACAAGAACAACUUCAAAGACCUGAUGUCCAAGCUGACAGAGGGCCAGUAUGUGCUGUGCCGGUGGACAGAUGGGCUGUAUUACCUCGGGAAGAUCAAGAGGGUCAGCAGUUCUAAGCAAAGCUGCCUUGUGACUUUUGAAGACAACUCCAAAUACUGGGUUCUCUGGAAGGACAUACAGCAUGCUGGUGUCCCAGGGGAGGAGCCCAAAUGCAAUAUAUGCCUGGGGAAGACAUCAGGGCCGCUAAAUGAGAUCCUCAUCUGUGGGAAGUGUGGCCUAGGUUACCACCAGCAGUGCCACAUCCCCAUAGCAGGUAGUACGGAUGGGCCCCGGCUCACUCCUUGGUUCUGUCGACGCUGCAUCUUCGCAUUGGCUGUGCGGAAAGGCGGGGCGCUGAAGAAGGGCGCCAUCGCCAGGACGCUGCAGGCCGUGAAGAUGGUGCUGUCCUACCAGCCCGAAGAGCUCGAGUGGGACUCGCCCCACCGCACCAACCAGCAGCAAUGCUACUGCUACUGCGGAGGCCCGGGAGAAUGGUACCUGCGGAUGUUACAAUGCUACCGGUGCAGACAGUGGUUCCAUGAGGCCUGCACACAGUGCCUCAAUGAGCCCAUGGUGUUUGGAGAUCGGUUCUACCUAUUCCUCUGCUCCGUGUGUAACCAAGGCCCAGAGUACAUCGAGAGGCUGCCCUUGCGAUGGGUGGACGUGGUUCACCUGGCUCUCUACAACCUGGGGGUGCAGAGCAAGAAGAAGUACUUUGACUUUGAGGAGAUUCUGGCCUUUGUCAACCACCACUGGGAGCUCCUGCAGCUUGGCAAGCUCACCAGCACCCCUGUGACAGACCGAGGACCACAUCUCCUCAACGCUCUGAACAGUUACAAAAGCCGGUUCCUCUGCGGCAAGGAGAUCAAGAAGAAGAAGUGCAUCUUCCGCCUGCGUAUCCGCGUCCCACCCAACCCUCCUGGGAAGCUGCUGCCUGAAAAAGGGCUGGUGCCAAGUGAGAGCAGCACCUCCCUGGAGCUGCUGCGUAAGAGAGGAAGGAGCAAGGCCAGUUUGUCGCCUCACGAAUUCCAGCAGCAGAAAAGGCGAGUUUAUAGAAGAAAAAGAUCAAAGUUUUUGCUGGAAGAUGCUAUUCCCAGUAGUGACUUUACCUCAGCCUGGAGCACCAACCACCACCUGGCCAGCAUAUUUGACUUCACGCUGGAUGAAAUGCAGAGCUUGAAAAGUGCCAGCUCAGGCCAGACCUUCUUCUCUGAUUUGGACUCCACCGAUGCUGCCAGCACCUCAGGCUCUGCCUCCACCAGCCUCUCCUAUAACUCCAGGCGGACAGUGGGCAGCCGUAAGAGGAAGCUGGCAGCCAAAGCGUACUUGCCCCUGCGAGCAAAGCGACGCGCAGCAGAGCUGGGUGGGUGCUGCCCCUCUGACAGCAGUGCCGAAGGAGCUUCGGGCCCUGAGCGACCAGACGAAGCCAUCGACAGCCACACAUUUGAGAGCAUCAGUGAAGAUGACUCCUCCCUGUCCCACCUCAAGUCAUCUAUCACCAACUACUUUGGUGCAGCUGGGCGGUUGGCCUGUGGGGAGAAGUACCAGGUGUUGGCUCGGAGGGUCACGCCAGAUGGCAAGGUUCAGUACCUGGUGGAAUGGGAAGGGACUACCCCUUACUGACCACUCCUCGGGGGCCACCUGGAGCCCUGAAAACCCAAAGGAGUUACAGCAGAAGCCAUAUGCUCCCCCCCCCCUUUCUUCGGGCUUGGGCAGGGGAGGCAACCUGGACAGAGCUGCAGAAGGCCCUGCCUUGUGUGCCCACCAGGCCAAAGUCAAGGCCUGUGUUGCCUUGACCGUGCCGGUGCUCUUAUGGAGCCUCCUUGGGCCUAUCUCCCUUGCUGUAUCUCUGAGACCAGAUCGGCUCUUUUUCAGUGUCUGCACACUCACACCCCUCCAGCUGUUUAUUGGUUCCUCCAAAUCUGUGUUCCCCUGGCUCGUGACCCUUUCUCCUUCUCCCCUUUCAGGGUGUUUGUGUGUUUACACAUUCUCCAUGUGCACAUCUGUUCCUCCACUGGGUAACCUACAUGUCUGGCCAUGGGCGCUGUCCUCCUUGGGACCACAUUAUGAGGGCAGGAGAAGAGGGGACUGAAGGACCUCCCUGCCCCUUCCUGCCAUUCCCCCUGCCUCUGGAAAUGCCCCUGUGGCAGAGAUGCGGGGACCCAGAGCCUGAGGAGUGAAGAGCCAGGUUUCUGCCCAGAGAGCAGUGGGACCCCUUAGUAAGGCUGGAAGGGAGGCCUGCUGGCUUCAGUUCUGUAAGCCCCAGAAAUUUGCCUAUCACCAGACCACAGCUCUUUGUAGACCACAGCCAUGGAGCUGGGCCUGGCCUGGCUGAAAUGGAGGAGUCCUCGGUCAUCUAGGGGACUGGGAAUCUCUGGGGGACCUGCUAAAUCCAAGACCUACCACACACUGCCACACCACGCAUGCCACAUGUGUACACACAGCCACACAAGACUUCAUGUCACCAUGCACAUCACCACACAAUACACAUGCCCUGGUGCCACCAUGUACACAGACACUGCCACAUGACACAUGCUCUCAUGCCACACAAAUACACACACACCAUGCGUGCACAGCCACAGUAACACACAUGUCCUCAUGGCACCAUGUGUACACACAGCCACAACACAAUGCCCUCAUGCUACCACAUGCACCCACAUACACUGCCACACAUUCCCUCUGGGGCAGCCUGGCUCUCGCUCUUGGCUGUCCUUUGGCCUCCUGUAAGGCCAUGUGCUUUAACUGAAUGUGAAAGUCCUGUCUCCCUUCCUUUGGCCUUGAGCCAGCUUAGUUCCCCCACAAGGAAGUGUGGGGCCUCACUCUCCUAUCCCUUCCCUGUCUGAAACUGACAGUCACUUUGGGGGAUAGGCUGGGGUUUUUCAAGGGCCCAAGCCUGUUACUGGAGGUAUAAAUAGAAUUCCUAGAACAGACAUUCAUUCAGCUCUGUUGGGAAGGAAACCAAAAUUGGGAGGGAGUGAACACCCCUCUUUUUUUUUUGCUGCUUCCAGAUACAUUAGAAACUGACUCACUUGGUGGGAAAAUGGAAAGAAGUGCCUUGACUAGGGAACAGGAGGGCAGGAGUACCAGACUGGGACCAGCCUUGCCAACUGCAAGGUCUCUGGCUUGGCCGGGUUGUACAGGCUGCCAGCUGGUGGGCAGAGGUGGAGAAAACAGAACAGCAUUCCUGAGGAGCAAGGUCUCCUGCCACUAGGCUUGCCCCCCCACCACUCGCAAACACUCCCGAUGACCCACAGAUAGGCUAGAUGGCCUUGCCUUAAACCUCAGCUACUACAGUGCCUUUCAAGGGAACAUCACCUCCUCCCCUGCACACAGCCCGCCCACUUCCCUCUGCUUCCCAUUUAGCCCAGAUGGACACUGGGCCUAGUUCUCAGCCCCACAGCUGCUGCCACUGAGGCCCUGCUGACGGCCCAGGUGGAAGGGGAGCUGAGAUGCCAGCUCCCAGCCAGCAAGGGGGUGGGACCAGGGAUCCAGUCUGUGGCUUCCUACUGAUUUCAGCUAGCACAGCCAUCUCCCAGUGCUUUCCAGGCUUCUGAGAAGAUGGCUAAUCAAGGCCUGUAACAGUACAUCUGUACCUUCCCCACUGGGCUCCACAGAAGCUCUAGGUCUGCAGAGGGAAGGGCAGGGGGUGCCUUGCCUUCUUGGGAAGACAGUAGGGACCUAACUCUUACUCCAGCAUUUCAUUCUGACGGGGUAACAGCUGCAUUACUGCCAACUGACCUUAUAACCCUGUGCACCUUCUAAAAGAUACGUUGUUUUGAAUUGCUGCUUUUUAAUAACGUUUGUUAUAUUAAAGUUAUAAUUAAUGUGUUUGGUUUACAACAUA